AUGCAUAUUGAGUCGAUCAUUUUGGAUGGCUUUAAAAGCUACUCCACUCGCACGGUGAUAGGACCGUUAGAUCCGCACUUCAACGCGGUCACGGGACUCAAUGGCAGCGGGAAAUCGAAUGUGCUGGACAGCCUCUGCUUCUGCCUCGGGAUUGCGGACCUCUCCUGCGUGCGUGCGAGCAAAUUGGACGACCUGAUUUACAAGCAAGGGCAGGCGGGAAUCACUAAGGCAACAGUGACGGUCGUGCUAAAUAAUCUCCGGCAGCCGAGUCCGCUGCCGGACGCCUAUCGCAAGAUGCCCGAGGUCACUAUCACCCGUCAAAUCGCACUCGGAGGCCGGAAUCGCUACUUCCUCAAUGGACACCCAUCCACACCGAAGGCCAUUGCCGACUUCUUUCAGUGCGCCCGCAUGAACGUGAACAACCCGCGCUUUCUCAUCAUGCAGGGGCGAGUCACGAAGGUGGUCAACAUGCGGCCGAAGGAGCUCCUCGCGCUUAUCGAGGAGGCGUCGGGCACCCGCAUAUACGAAAACAAGAGGGCCGCGGCGAUGAAGCUCAUUCAGCGCAAGAACCAGAAACUUGAGGAAAUCGACACCAUCGUGAGGGAAGAAAUAGAGCCGCAGAUGAAACGGUUGAAGAACGAUUGCGACGACUACAUCAGGUGGAGCAACGCCAAGGAGGAGGCGGCGAGGCUCGAGCGGUUCGACGUCGCACACAAGUACUGGGUGGCCAAGAACCGGGCCUCGGCUAGCGCGAAGCGUCAAGAGGAGGUCAUCGCCGAAAAGUCCGCAAUGCAGCAGGAUAUAUCGGCUUUAGAGGAAAAGCAUGCACAACUGCAGCUACUAUUCAACGAGAGGCGUGUCGAAAUCGAACGUGGAAAUGGGCCAGUGGCAGCGCUGCAGCAGCAGAGAGACAAUUUGGCAGCCGAUAUCGCAAAAAUAAAGACGGAUGUCACCCUCCUACAGCGCGACGUCGAUGAGCUGCAAAGUGCGGCCCAGGAGGCGAGACAGGACAUCGCAAAUGCAUCAAGUGAUCUUCAUGCGCGACAAAAGGCUUCGCAAGGUGACGCGGAUGCUAUAUCGCAACUGAACGAGACUCUGAAACGGAACAAAGCAAAGGUUGCAGAGCUAGAAGCUGCUCUGGGGUUGGUGACUGCAGCGCCCGGAAAACCUGGCGACAAAACAACCGGAGGCUCCAGGCAGCAUCAGCUGAAGGAUAUGAAAUCCGAACUUGCACGUCUAGAAGCGGAGGAAACGGCAAUUACGAACUUCGUGGGCCACAGUGAGCGUGAAAUUGCCGAGCAAAAGAGCCGUGCCACUGCACUGGCCGCCGAAAUGCGAAACUUCGAGAGAAAUCGAGAGGAAACGCAGUCGCAAAGGGAUAAAGUAGCCGAAAGAUAUGAUGCAGCUAAAGUGGAACUUGAUCGUAAUGGUGGUGAGAGGGCAGUAACUGACAUGGAACGUCGGUUGCGUGACCUCCGUGAGAAACGUGAUCGCACGCGGGAAACGGUUAAUAUGUUAGAAGCGGACCUCAAUAGGUCACGCACCAGAUGUAAUGUACCCUCGCAUCUGGGCAGUAGGAGCAUGACUGAUCUUAACGCACCGUACUAUGGACAGGCUUUUGAGCUCGUGCAUCUCAAGCCAGACCGUCAAGAGCAAGUUGCGCUGCCCGUGCACGUACUCUUUGGGUUCAAACUGUACUACCUAGUUGCACGGGAUAAGGAAUGCGCGAAGGCCAUAUUCGAGCACAACGGACUCGCUAGGCACACAAGGAAAGUCACAGUGCUGCCACUAAACGACGCCAUGGUGGGCAGGGUGGCCUCUGAGCAGGACGUGCAGCACUGCCGCAAACUUGUAGGCGCGGCUGAAAACGAUGCCGAAACCGUAGCGGGGUACAUGGACAUUCUCGACUUUGAUCCCAAAUUCUCCAAACUUGCCAAGUACCUUGCAGGCAGUGCGCUCAUCUGCAGCACAAGCGAGAUCGCACGCAAAAUCGCAUACCAACAAGACCGGUCACGAGCAUUCCCGACUGCAACCUUGCAGGGCGACAAAUUUGAUGUUGGAGGGUCAAUGUCUGGGGGCUCUAAUAGGGGAAUGCACAUGGUACUUCUGGUUGCCAGCCGUCUGCGAGACGCUCAGCAGCAGCUCGACGCCCUUAACACCGAAUAUGCGACCCUACAAGGCGCUUUAAAAACCGCAAAUAAUGCUCUCACUCUGCACGAUGAUUUGAAGAGGCAGCUGGAAAUCUGUAAUAACAACCUCAGGAGCAUCAACGAGCGCAUUGACAGUUUCGCAGCCACCACCGCGAUGCGCCGCGUAGAAGAGCUUCAGAAGGCCAUCGACGUAAAACGUGAAAUGAUGAGUGCGCUAAGCGCCCAAAAGCGUGACCUGGAAAGAAAAAUUCAGGAAUUCGAAGCGGACCUAAUCGAUUGGGAGCAGAACCGUGCAAAGAAGGAAGGCGAGGCAAAGGAACAACUCAAACGUUUGAAAUCCGAAAUUCGGAGAGAUACACAAGCUGUGGAUCAAAUGAGUCAAGCAAUGUCAGUCGUGCAACUCGAACAGGAUAACCUCCAACGCCGGGUGGCCACUGCCGAGGAGGAGCUUCUUCAGAAAACCAAUGCUGCAUCUGCGCUGCUUCAGAAAAUAUCCCAUAUGGAACAGACACUAUCCAGCCACAAUUCGGAGCUAGCCGCACUUGACGGGCAGUUAGCGGAGGCCUCUCGCCAACUCUGGGCUUCCCAGGAUGAGAUCAGUCGAUUACAGCGCGACCUCGAGAGCACCAACCAAAGCAAGACUCAGCUCACCCUGAGUCUCAAGAAACUGGAAUAUACUCUGCAAGAGGUGGAAAAGGAAGAGCAAGAUGCCUUGCUGAUCGCCGAUAAGCUGCUGCGGGACAACCCGUGGAUCGUUGCCGAGGAGGAAAACUUCAAUCGCCGUGGAACCACCUUCGACUUCAGCAACAUCAGGCUGGAAACGGUGACCAAGCGCCUCAAUGAGCUGCAACAGUUGCGACACGACCUUGCACGUCGUGUCAACCGUAAGGCACAACAACUGUACGAGAAGAUGGAGGGCGACUACCGUGACUUGAUGCAGAAGAAACGCAAGGUGGAAGAGGACCGCGACAAGAUUCACAGCGUCAUAGCCGAGCUCGAUGUAAAGAAGCACGAGAACAUAAACGAAAUCUUCCGGACCGUCACGCGCUACUUCGCCGAUAUCUUCCACGUGCUUCUCUCCAACGCCGAGGCGAAGCUGGUGCCCGUUGACGGUGACAUAACCAACGGCAUUGAGAUGAAGGUCGGCUUUAAUGGAGCAUGGAAGAACUCGUUGGCAGAGCUGUCUGGGGGUCAGAGAUCGCUGUUGGCACUGUCUCUAAUUCUCGCGAUGCUCAAAGUCCGGCCGGCGCCCAUCUACAUCCUCGACGAGGUAGACGCCGCCCUCGACCUCAGCCACACUCAAAACAUUGGCAAAAUGAUCAAGACGCAGUUUCCCAACUCACAGUUUCUCAUAGUCAGCCUCAAAGAAGGCAUGUUCUCCAACGCCAACGUGCUGUUCAGGACUCGCUUCGUCGAUGGCGCGUCUACCAUUGUGCGCCACGCCCUACACGAUAAGCAGGGAACAAAGAAGCACAAAGACGGGAAUGGGUAG